GACCAGGGCGGAGUCUACCAAUGCCGAAAGCGAGGAGGCGGGAUAAAAAGGCAAGCAGAAGGUAGGCUGGCGGAUACGUUCGUUGGCUUACUCCUUUCUGCCUGUUGACGCGGCCGAGGAAGCAUCGCUGAAGGCUCCCAUUUCCCUGCCGUCAUGUCUAAGUCGGAGUCACCCAAAGAGCCGGAACAGCUGCGAAAGCUCUUCAUUGGAGGGCUGAGCUUCGAAACAACCGACGAGAGUCUGAGGAGCCAUUUUGAGCAAUGGGGAACACUCACUGACUGUGUGGUAAUGAGAGAUCCAAACACGAAGCGAUCCAGGGGUUUUGGGUUCGUCACAUAUGCCACUGUGGAAGAAGUGGAUGCCGCUAUGAAUGCAAGGCCACACAAGGUGGAUGGAAGAGUUGUGGAACCUAAGAGAGCUGUUUCAAGAGAAGAUUCUCAGAGACCAGGUGCCCACUUAACUGUGAAAAAGAUCUUUGUUGGUGGUAUUAAAGAGGACACUGAAGAACAUCACUUGCGAGAUUAUUUUGAGCAGUAUGGAAAAAUUGAAGUGAUUGAAAUCAUGACGGACAGAGGCAGUGGAAAAAAGAGAGGGUUUGCUUUUGUCACCUUUGAUGACCAUGACUCUGUGGACAAGAUUGUUAUUCAGAAAUACCAUACUGUGAAUGGCCAUAACUGUGAAGUGCGGAAAGCCCUGUCAAAGCAAGAGAUGGCUAGUGCUUCAUCCAGCCAGAGAGGUCGAAGUGGUUCCGGAAACUUUGGCGGUGGUCGUGGAGGUGGUUUUGGCGGCAAUGACAAUUUUGGUCGAGGGGGAAACUUCAGUGGUCGUGGUGGCUUCGGUGGUAGCCGUGGUGGUGGUGGAUAUGGUGGCAGUGGGGAUGGCUAUAACGGAUUUGGUAAUGAUGGUGGUUAUGGAGGAGGCGGCCCUGGUUACUCUGGAGGAAGCAGAGGCUAUGGAAGUGGUGGACAGGGUUAUGGAAACCAGGGCAGUGGCUAUGGCGGGAGUGGCAGCUAUGACAGCUAUAACAACGGAGGAGGCGGAGGCGGCUUUGGCGGUGGUAGUGGAAGCAAUUUCGGAGGUGGUGGAAGCUACAAUGAUUUUGGCAAUUAUAACAAUCAGUCUUCAAAUUUUGGACCAAUGAAGGGAGGAAAUUUUGGAGGCAGAAGCUCUGGCCCUUAUGGUGGUGGAGGCCAAUACUUUGCUAAACCACGAAACCAAGGUGGCUAUGGUGGUUCCAGCAGCAGCAGCAGCUAUGGCAGUGGCAGGAGGUUCUAAUUACAGCCAGGAAACAAAGCUUAGCAGGAGAGGAGAGCCAGAGAAGUGACAGGGAAGCUACAGGUUACAACAGAUUUGUGAACUCAGCCAAGCACAGUGGUGGCAGGGCCUAGCUGCUACAAAGAAGACAUGUGUUAGACAAUACUCAUGUAUAUGGGCAAAAAACUCCAGGACUGUAUUUGUGACUAAUUGUAUAACAGGUUAUUUUAGUUUCUGUUCUGUGGAAAGUGUAAAGCAUUCCAACAAAGGGUUUUACUGUAGACCUUUUUUCACCCAUGCUGUUGAUUGCUAAAUGUAAUAGUCUGAUCAUGACGCUGAAUAAAUGUGUCUUUUUUUUUUUUUUUUUUUUCUUUCUUUUUUUUUUUUUCUUUUUUUUUUUUUUUUUUUUUUUUAAUGUGCUGUGUAAAGUUAGUCUACUCUGAAGCCAUCUUGGUAAACUUCCCCAACAGUGUGAAGUUAGAAUUUCAGGGUGGUGCCAAGUUUCCAUUUGGGAUUUAUUUAUAUAAUUGCUUGGGUGGAGAAGCCAUUGUCUUCAAAAACCUUGGUGUAGUUAAACUGCCAGUUAUUGUUGUGACUUUAAUGAGUUUCACCAUUAAAAGGGUCAUCCAAGCAAAGUUUCAAUUUGGUUAUAAAAUGGUUGUUGGCACACCCUAUGCAAUAUCAAUUGAAUAAUGGUAUCAGAUAAAAUAACAGAUGGGAAUGAAGCUUGUGUAUCAUCCAUUAUCAUGUGUAAUCAAUAAACGAUUUAAUUCUCUUGAA